CUUCCUAAAAACCAAGAAAAUCAGCAAUAACAAUAUUUCAUUCCCUUUAGAUAUGAGUAAACAUUUUUUAUUUCAUUAUCUCAUCUCCAAACUGUACUACUAGUAUUUAUCGAAUCUCUCAUAUGUACAUGGAAUGAUUGACUCCAGAGGCCAGGAUGUGUGUGUGUGUGUGUGUGUGUGAGAGAGAGAGAGAGAGAGAGAGAGGAGAGUACUACAUAGAACAAUAAGUGCAGAGAAAUUCCAUCUUGUGAGAGUGAAUUUAUCUCUGUAGCUUUCCUUCAACUGCUUUAUUUCUGGAUAAAAUUUUGACUCUCUGGAUUUUGGAAAUCUCAGAAAAGGAUCCAGAGUUUGAGAGGAAUGGGAACGAAGAUACAAGCUAUUCCGUUUCUUCGGGAAAAACAUCACUCUGUGAUUGACCUUGAUGCAAGCACAAGCAAUGCAAUGAGGUCUUCGUAUAAUGAAAUCGGGAUGCUGCAAAAUGGCAAGAAUCCAGAGUCAAUAUCGUCUUAUGACAUACAGAAAGUGAAGCAGACGAUUCUCGAGCAUGAAUCUGUUUUCAGAAACCAGCUCAGGGAACUUCACCGCCUUUAUGGAAGGCAACGGGAGCUGAUGACCGAGAUCAAAAGGAGAGGUACGAACAAAACUGAUGUUAUGGAAGAAAAGUUUCGGUCGAGCUAUCUGCUCUCUCCUUUCCCCACUGAAAACACAAAGAGAUCAUGGAAUCCCUCGAAUAACACCAUUUUUCAAGGUGGAACAUAUAGCCUCGGAUUUCAAGAAAGAUUUUCUAAGUUUCCCGUUGUUGAGAAAAGGAACCAUCUGGCAGCAUGUGAUGGAGAUGAUAGACUCUAUCUUCAUGGCGUUCAGACAUCUCAACAUGGGCCCGAUGCUUUGUCAUUUAGUUUGUACAACAGAAAUGGUUAUCAUCCAGGAGACGAAAGGAUAACCAACCCAAGAUAUGGAGUUUCUGAUAGGCUCGCGCUGUCAAGGGCAGAAAUAUCCGAGAAUCCUUGUUCCAACCUCAAUCUUGUCACGAAAGAUUUCUUCCACGAUGAUAGAACGAGUAAGGAAGGUUCACUGAGCAUUCAUGGAUUGAGGAAGGAGAGGAGUGGACCUGAUUACUAUGCUGUUAAUUCUCCAGAGAAAUGGAGAAUCGACAAACGUUCUCUGUUGGGAGAGCUCGGUUCUGGAAAGUCAGUGGCGUUUCCUCAAUCACUUUUGGCUGAGCCAAGAAAAGAAUUCUCAAAUAGUGCAUCACUCUCUCGGAAAAAGAAGAAGAUUUUUGGAGUCGAAAUUUCUGAAGGAAACGAUGAUGCAUUUGAUUCUGUGCCUAACAUGUCGAGUAAUUUGGAUCACUGCGUUCCCACCUCGUUGAUUGCUGAUUCUUUCGUGCAAAACUUUAGCCUUCAUGGAGAAAAUUGGAAUGAGGGAAACCAUGAAAGGUCAAAGGCAGAGUCAAAAGGUGGAACGUGGCUGCAGAAGGCGACGAACACGGCUGCAGGAGGCGAACAGAAGCCACGAGAGGCGAUUCCUCAACUUCCUGGUCUUGCAGAUUGUGAAAGAAACCAGGACAACAAUCCGAAAGGAUCAUUGCCAUGGUUUCUUAGAGAUUCCAAAGUAAGUACUGACCUCAACGACAAGGCGAAGGGUUGCUAUUUCAUGAAUCUUGACUCGUUGCAGAGCCAUUCCCACAAGUUCUUCGCCAAAGUUGAAAAGCCCGAUGAUGCGUUGCAGACUUCAAAACAGGAAAAGGAAGUCAAGGGUGAAAAUCUGAGGCAUUGCAUCGACUUAAACAUGUCGUUGGACGAGGAGGGUGCACCGUCUGCACCCUCUCUCCCGUGUGCUAUUGUGAAAAUAGCAGCGACAGAGAUUGACUUGGAGGCACCGGCAGCUCUUGAAUCCGAGAUGGAUGCACUUGAUUCAAGCGAAAGCGAUAAAUUUGCAGCAGAGGCCAUGAUUGCCAUCUCAUCAUCUGUGGAUGAAAAACUGGUUGAUGAAUCCUUCUCUAGUCUGAAAUGGUUUGCACAAGUGGUUUCUUCCGAACACGUUGCAGCGAAUCAGAGUCGAACCGGACAGGUUGAGGAAUCAAUACCCGAUGGCAUGGAUCACUUCGAAUUCAUGACACUAAAGCUGGAAGACUCCAAGGAGGAGUACCCUCACUAUGAGCCAUUCGUGUUGCAAGCUCCGAGUGAUGAUGACACGGGAGCUUCUCUAACCAGAAGGACUCGGAGAGGGCAGUCGAGAAGGGGGAGGCAACGGAGAGACUUUCAGAGGGACAUCCUCCCCGGUCUAGUCACACUGUCUCGGCUUCAAGUGACCGAGGAUUUUCAGGCGUUUGAUGAGUUGCUGAAGGCCGGGGGCACCACCAGGCAGUCGCACUCCACGAGGAACGGGAAGGGGAGGAAGCGUUUGGCUUCAUCUCCGAGAGUGAAAACACCUUGCUCGAGACAAGCAGAGCAGCCGGUGUGCCAGAUUGAGGAGAGGAGUUUAGCCGGAUGGGGAAAGAAGACGCGACGUCUGCCUAGGCAGCGAUGUCCUAAUGCGUUCCUCUCUUUCCCGGUGAAAUGUUGACGAGGGCGGUCGGUCGGUCUAUCGAUGAGCUCGCCCUUGUGCCUAACUUUGGUACCAAUUUGUGUACAUAGAGAGAUAUAGAGGUAAAAAUAUUGUUCUGGUGUUGGCCAUUGCUUUGGUAAGAGAAGAAACACUUCAUUGUUGAUUUAAUGUUUACUUAUCACAACAUUGAUGACAAUGUAAACCAUUUUUUAUGAUAA